AUGUUUUGUUACUGGAAUACGGGAUGUCCAUACAAAUAUUUUGGUGCUAAAACUCCUUAUAAUUUUGUAAGAGGAGAUAUCAGAGAUUCUCUAGUGAAAAUAACAGAUUGUGAGCCAAUUAGCAUUUGGGCAUUCAUGCGACAUGGCAAAAGAAAUCCCAGUGAGCAGACCGCGAAGGACAUGAAAGAGGCAAUGUUCAUAAAAGACUACAUCGUAACUGCUUACGAAAAUGGCAGUAGUACACUUUGUGCACAAGAUAUAGAUAAUUUACGAAAUUGGGUUCUUGAUAAGAACAUGUUUGACCAAUUAAACCAACUUUCCAAAGAAGGUUAUGAAGAAUCAUUAGGAAUAGGGCGCAGAUUGAAGGAAGCAUUUCCAAAUCUGUUAGCUGAACUAGGCAAAGAAGAUUACACGUUCCGAUCUGUGAAAAGUAAAUGGGUACAAGAUAGCAUUAAGGGAUUUGUUGAAGGUCUCGGCAGCAAAAACUUGAAUAUUGAUCCACCUAAAGAUGACUAUGACAGUUUAGCGCCAUAUAAAAGUUGUAAUAAAUACCUUAGAGAUGUAGAAAAGACAAAUGAAACUAAUUUAGAAGCAGAAAAAUAUCAAAUCCACUCAGAAUUUCUUGCGUCAAAAGACAGGUUGCAUAGAAGACUCGGAAUUAAUUAUCCUAUAGCAGAUGUAAACAUGAUUGCAUUGUGGAACUGGUGCCGAUUGACCUCUUCUGGUAUCCAAAACGAAUUUAGCCAUUGGUGCGCAUUAUUCACAACUGAGGACUUAAAAGUAUUAGAGUAUCGAGAAGAUUUAGAGCGUUACUACAAAAACGGCUAUGGUUUGUCGAUGAAUAAGAUCUUUGGAGAGACUGUAUUAUCUGAUCUACUGAAAACUUUUCAAGAUGCUAAAAUAUAUGGGAAGAAAGUGACUGCUUAUUUCACGCACGCCCCUAUGAUGGAUAUGAUUUAUACAGCGCUAGGACUAUUUAAGGAUCCAUACAAAUUAACUGGCACAGAGAGAAGGCCUGACCGAAAAUGGAGAACUAGCAAAUUUUCAACGUUUUCAAAUAAUCUCAUUGCUGUCCUGAACAGAUGUGGAAAACAACGGUAUGAAGAUUAUAAUGUUGUGUUUUACCUAAAUGAAGAACCGCUCAGAACUAUAUGCAAAGCAGGAGUUUGUACCUGGAAAGAGUUCGAAGACAAAUUAUCUCCUUUUUUGAACACAAACACAGACUUUUGCGAAUAA